CUCAGCAUUUCUAUGAUUCUAUCAACAGUCCCAACUACCGGAGAUGGGAACGAUGAGAUCAGAGAAGGAUAGAGAUCUGGAACGUCUGAUUCCGGUGGGGACCUUAGCCUUAGAGAUCAACGGCUCCAAAUCGUCUUCUGAAUCUCCCUCAGCUUCCUCGUCCCUUUCUCAUCCCUCCGGCAAAGAGGCAUUUGGCAAAGUAAUUCAUAGCUGGAUUUCAAAAAAAUUUAUUAGCGGAUGUGUCAUCUUAUUUCCCAUAGCCAUAACCUUCUACCUCACUUGGAAGCUCAUUAAUUUUGUGGAUGGCUUCUUUUCUCCAAUCUUUAUUCAUCUUGGAAUUGAUGUAUUUGGUCUUGGAUUUUUGACCUCCUUAAUUUUCAUAUUCUUGGUUGGGGUGUCCAUGUCCUCAUGGUUAGGUUCUUCUCUUCUUAGUUUAGGAGAAUGGUUCAUCAAAAAAAUGCCACUCAUGAGUUAUAUCUACACUGCUUCAAAACAAAUUAGUCGAGCAAUUUCACCAGAUGAGGAUUCACAUGCCUUUAAAGAAGUGGCUAUUAUAAGGCAUCCACGCAUUGGGGAAUAUGCAUUUGGCUUCAUUACUUCAACUAUUAUUCUUCGUAAAAGUACAGGUGCAGAGGAAGUUUGCUGUGUUUAUGUGCCUACUAAUCACCUUUACCUUGGAGAUAUAUUCCUUGUCAAUUCUAAGGACAUUAUGAGGCCCAAUCUCUCUGUUAGGGAGGGGAUAGAAAUUGUUAUCUCUGGAGGCAUGUCUGUACCCAAGAUUUUGACCAUAGUGGAUGUGCAGUCCAUUCUAUCUCCAAGAGUUGGAAAAUUUGCUGUUCCUCAAGUUUGAUGAUCUAACUGUUUCUACAUCAGCAUCCAUUGACAAAUAUUAGAGUUGGGGAAGAUGAACUGGACCAGCAAAUUGGAUAUUGGCUACCUUGAGUUGCUGUUAAUAAUAUUCAAUAGAUUGCCUCCCAGUAGAUAAUACUUUUAGAUCUGCUUCUCCUGAUUCCCUUGUCACAAGAGGUAACCUGUUAAUGAGUAAAAAAUAUAGUCAAACUUCUUUCUGUUAUGUCAUAAUAUAUGUUAUCUAUAACAACAAUUCACUAUAGCAGCCAAAAAAUUUUGAACGAAUGAGACUGUUAUAGAGACGUUUGACUACAUACCUCAUUGAUUAGUGUGCGAGUUGCAAUGUAUUUUCAACUGAAAGCUUAACUUAAAUACACAAUGCUUAUUAGGAGCUUCGUUUUCUA